AAAAGAGUAAUGACGUGUUUGAAAUCUCAAAGGAGACAACGUUUUCUAUUAUCGGCGUUGUAUCACCGAGGGAGGCAAUCUUCAUCUCUUCCCUCCCUCUUUCCAGAAAACCAUAUUUCAUUUUCAAGUUAGUGUAAAAAUUACGUUACGCAAAUUGUAAAUAUCAUUGUUAUAUAUAGAGGGAGAUUUUUCUGGCGGGGUUUAAACGUAGAAUGAGAACGGGUAAAUGGGCAAAGAGUAUGGGAAGAAUAUCAAGGAUUGGAAGUUUUGCCAUUGCUUCUUCCUUAAAUGAUAAUAAUCUACCACAACCUUGCAUUACUUGCACCACUUUUAAUAUUCUUGCUCCCAUUUACAAACGUCUCAAAGAUGAGGACCCGACUUGUCGAGAGAGUGAUUAUAGAGCAUAUUGGUUGGCGAGGAAUCAUAGAAUUUUGGAUUGGCUCUUAAAUGAAAAGUCUUCUAUUAUUUGUCUUCAGGAGUUUUGGGUUGGAAAUGAAGAGCUUGUUAAUUUGUAUGAGAAAAGACUUAAAGAUGCUGGUUAUGUUAGUUUCAAACUCGGAAGGACUAAUAACCGAGGAGAUGGUCUUCUAAUAGCAGUGCAAACGGAAUACUUUAAUAUUCUUAAUUAUAAAGAGUUGCACUUCAACGACUGUGGCGAUCGCGUAGCUCAGUUGUUACAUGUUGAGUUAGUCUUUCCGUUUUCAAAAUGGCAAAAUAGUGAAAUUAGGCAGGAAAUUCUUAUCGUUAACACUCACCUUCUGUUUCCUCAUGAUGCAACACUGUCGCUUGUACGGCUGAAACAGGUUUAUAAGAUACUUCAAUAUGUAGAAUCUUAUCAGAAUGAUUUUCAACUCAAGCCAAUGCCAAUCAUGUUAUGCGGCGAUUGGAAUGGAAGCAAACGUGGACAUGUUUACAAGUUCUUGAGGUCUCAAGGUUUUGUAUCAUCUUAUGAUACUGCACAUCAGUACACUGAUGCAGAGGCGGAUAAGUGGGUUAGUCACCGAAAUCAUCGAGGAAAUAUAUGUGCUGUUGAUUUUAUCUGGCUUCUAAAUCCUGACAAAUAUCGAAAAUUGCUAAAUGCAAGUUGGACUGAAGCAGUGUUUGCCAUGUUCAAGUAUCUAUUGCGGAGAGCUUCACUGACAGAGAGUGAUGGAUUCGCAUUUCUAAGGGCCGAUAAGGAAGAUUGUAUUACCUAUUCUGGUUUCUGUGAAGCACUUCGUCAGCUCAAUUUAAUUGGCCAUUGUCAUGGGUUGAGUGAGGAAGAGAUAAAGGAGUUGUGGGUCCAAGCUGACAUAGACGGAAACGGUGUUCUUGACUAUAAAGAAUUUCUGCAGCAAAUAUGGAUUUCGUCGGUUUUAGAUCAGAUAGACGACAACAAGAAUAGGGAGCAAGAGGACAGUUCAAAUGAUGUUCAAGAACAAACAAUUGGUUUUAGUGUAAAAAAUGCGGUUUUAUUCCCUCCUGAGGUGGAGAAAGGGAGAUGGCCUGAAGACUACUCCCUUUCUGAUCAUGCUCGACUUACCGUUGUGUUUUCGCCGAUAACAAUGCCAUGCUCUCAGAUGAUUUGCUGACACAAUACUUUUUUGGUGCUCUAGCUUAGGAGUUAUUAAUUAGAAUUAAAACUUGUGUACAUAGAUAUCACAACACACGAAGGAUGAAACAGUGGAAUGAGUUUUCUUGUCUCGUGUAAAGAUUUGACAAAAGAAAACACAAAAAAAUUGAUAUGUAUAUAUAGUUGUUUUGUUUGUAUAGGUUUUCUUAGGCAUCAAUCCUUUUUGUAGCAUGGUAAGAUGCAUUGUAUAGAUGAGUGUUCAGACACAUUGUAUCCUGUAACAUAUUUUGCUCUUGAUAGAGUAUUCAAAUUGUAUAAAGAUGAAUUAAAUA